GUCUCCUUUCCCCAUUCCUCAUUCUACCGAAAAGAAAACUAGGGUUUCUGAAACCGCUCUCCUUUCACCUUCAGAUCUAUUCACAGUUUUCUUCUUGAAUCAUUCUUUGAUCACCAUGUCGACUGAAAAGAAAGUUACCCUUAAGAGUUCUGAUGGUGAAACCUUUGAUGUCGAUGAGGCUGUUGCUCUUGAGUCUCAAACCAUCAAGCAUAUGAUUGAAGAUGACUGUGCUGAUAAUGGAAUCCCUCUGCCUAACGUUACUAGCAAGAUCUUGGCUAAGGUGAUUGAAUACUGUAAGAAGCAUGUGGAGAAUCCUAAGGGAGAUGAUCGUUCUGCUGAUGAUGAGCUUAAGAACUGGGAUGCUGAGUUUGUCAAGGUUGAUCAGGCUACCUUGUUCGAUCUUAUCUUGGCUGCGAACUAUUUGAACAUCAAGAGCUUGUUGGACUUAACUUGCCAGACAGUUGCUGACAUGAUCAAGGGAAAGACACCUGAGGAGAUCCGUAAGACUUUCAACAUCAAGAAUGAUUUCACCCCUGAGGAAGAGGAGGAGGUCAGGAGGGAGAAUCAGUGGGCCUUUGAAUGAUCUGACAGCAAAAUGAUGACUAAAAAAAAGAUGGGUAGAGUGAUGAUGGUUUUAGGGGAAAGACAAUUAUCUCUGGUAUAUAAUACCUUCUUUAUAUAAAUAUUAGCAGUACUGGUAGUAAGUAGUUUAUGGUGGUACUCUGUGGUUUCUUUUAAGGUGUAUAUAAGGUUAGUUGGUCUGAAAGACAUCAGAGGGGGGUUAGGGUUAAUGUAGGUGGUAAUGCUUUAGCCUUUCCCCCCUCAAUAUUUGCCAACUAAACCUAUUUUGUUACUCUGCCUUGCAUUCUCUAAUGGUAUUGUUUGCUCUACUCCUAAAAUUUCAUGGUUAUUUUUAUAUGUUGCUUAUGUUUGUGUGAUUUA